AGCACUCUCGUUCUCUCUCUGCGCUUUAUUCUGUUCAAAUCCACUGCUUUUACUUUGCCGUUUCACUGAGAACGAGGCUCACUCUCUUUCUCUAUUUCUCUCUCUCAUAGAAGAAGAAGAAGAAGAAUCAGGACCAAGUAGAAAAGCUUAAACCAAGCACUCUCUCUUCAAAGAUCAAAUCACACUUUUUUGGUUUCUCUCUCCAAAAUCUUCCUCAUUGUCCUGCUUCAAGAAUCCUUGUCUCUUCAACACUUUUUCUCUUCUUAUUCUAAAAACCAAUCUUCACUUCUUCUCUCAUUCGUCUCUGUUUGGGAAAAACUAAAACCCAUUUCUCUAUUCCUGUCUCGGUAAGCCAAGGAGUGACAAAAACCCUUUUAAUCCGAGACCAACUUGUCUUUGCUUUUAGCUUCUGUCUGAUUCAAAGGAGAAGAAACAAGUCAAUUCUUGUCAAUUUCGGGAAAAAAAAAAACAUAUUUUUAAACAGUGAUUCAACUAAAUACCCCAAAUUUGUUCGAUUUGAUCUCUGUUGUCUUUUUUUUUUCUGGAUGGAUUGAGUCUUUAUUCCAAGGACAGCUCAAGAACAGCAAUGAGAGACGAUAAAUCCAAGAAAAACAAGUUGUCAUGGUCCAAGAAGAUGGUGAGGAAAUGGUUCAACAUCAAAAGCAAAACUGAAAAGUUUCAAGCAGAUGUUUCUGUUCCUCAACCUCAAGGAGUUGAAGUUGAGCACAGAAACAGCUUCUCAGAGAGAGAGCCCUGCACAAUCAAGAAGAGCAAAACUGAAAAACUCAAUAAGAACUGGGAGCAGCAAGCUAGACAAAGGAAAAUGAACUAUGAAAAUCCCAGAAUCAUUGAUGUCCAAAACCACAGCAUCUUUGUAGCUACAUGGAACGUUGCUGGACGCUCUCCUCCGGAAGAUCUAAACCUCGACGAAUGGCUUCAUUCCUCUGCUCCUGCAGAUAUAUACGUUCUCGGGUUCCAAGAGAUUGUUCCUCUUAAUGCUGGUAAUGUUCUUGGAGCUGAAGACAAUGGUCCUGCUAAGAAAUGGCAUUCCCUCAUCAGGAAAACGCUCAAUAACCUCCCCGGGACAAGCAGUGUCUGUCAUACUCCGUCGCCUAUUCCUGUCCCCAUUGCAGAGAUUGAUGCUGAUUUCUCUGGAUCUUCGAGGCAAAAGAACGAGACUUUCUUCAACAGAAGGUCUUUCCAGACCCCGAGCGUAUGGAGUAUGGAAGAGAAUGACCCUUCGAUCUCACAGCCACGGUUUGACCGUCGUUUCAGCGUGUGUGAUCGCGUAUUCUUCAGUCAUAGACCAAGUGAUUUUGACCCGAGCUUCAGGUGUAGUCACAGGCCUAGUGAUUACUCAAGAAGGCCUAGUGAUUACUCUAGACCAAGCGAUUAUUACUCUAGGCCGAGCAAUUAUUCUCGGCCUAGUGAUGUUUCCCGGUGGGGCUCCUCGGACGAUGAUAACGGCCCAGGGGAUUCUCCAAGCACACUCUUGAAUUCACCUGGGUCAUGUCUUGGUUCUGCAUCGACUGAAAACGGUUACAGAAUCCCGUGGAACUCAUCGCAGUACUGUUUGGUCGCAAGUAAACAGAUGGUUGGUAUCUUUUUAACAAUCUGGGUGAAAAGCGAGUUACGAGAACACGUCAAGAACAUGAAAGUAUCUUGUGUUGGUAGAGGAUUAAUGGGUUAUCUCGGAAAUAAGGGAUCAAUCUCAAUUAGUAUGUUGCUUCAUCAAACAAGUUUCUGCUUCGUCUGCACUCAUUUGACCUCGGGACAAAAAGAAGGUGAUGAGCUAAGGAGAAACUCCGAUGUCAUGGAGAUACUCAAGAAAACAAGGUUUCCUCGAGUCCAGAGUUCUGCAGACGAGAAGUCCCCUGAGAAUAUCCUUCAGCAUGAUCGGGUAAUAUGGCUCGGGGAUCUGAACUACCGGAUAGCGCUCUCUUACCGAUCCGCAAAAGCACUAGUCGAGAUGCAAAACUGGAGGGCAUUACUAGAAAACGAUCAGUUACGGAUAGAGCAGAAACGAGGGCAUGUGUUUAAAGGAUGGAACGAAGGAAAGAUUUACUUCCCACCAACUUACAAAUACUCAAAUAACUCGGAUAGAUAUGCAGGAGGUGAUUUGCAUCCAAAGGAGAAACGUCGUACUCCUGCUUGGUGUGAUCGGAUACUAUGGCAUGGAGAAGGUCUACAUCAGUUAUCUUAUGUAAGAGGGGAGUCGCGGUUUUCAGAUCAUAGACCGGUUUAUGGCAUAUUCAGCGCAGAGGUUGAGUCAAAUCACAAGAGAUUAAAGCGAACCACGAGUCAUUCCACUGCACGGGUCGAAGCUGAAGAACUCUUACCUUACGCCCGUGGAUACACAGAGCUAACAUUUUUCUAAAAGAAAAUCGAAAAGAAGUUCUUUACGGUAAAUUAAAGUGUUUUUUUACGAGUGUUGAAGCCUUGAGGAGUGAUGAUGAUGGAGACAUUUCAUUGCUCCUUUUAACACAAAAGGAAACAAGAAACAGGUGUAUAAAGGAUUGUAAUUUUGUCUUGGUUAACAGAAUUUCGCAUAUCAAACCGGUUCUUUUAUUUAUCAUGGGAGGACUUACAGCGUGUAGGAUUAUUAAACUGACAGAUGGAAGGUUUUUUAAUUCAUCAGUCUUUUUAGGGAUAGAUUUUGAUAAUAUCAUUAUUGUAAAUUGAAGUGUGUUCCCGAGACAAUGAUAGUGUAAUGCUUGUUGUAUAAGUAAGAUUUAGCCGUUUAAGUGUAACAAAAAGAUUAUACAACAAAAGCAAUUAUUUAAUUCAUUAU